AUGCCGUCCAAUCACGGCGACGAUGAGAUCAGGAAGACCGUCCCGCCAACGCCCCUCGCUAUUCAGCGUUUCAUUCAGGGACAUCUCGAUCGCCUCUUCAAGGAGCGCCAAGCCGAGUUGGAAGAGUCGCGGCUCCUCCUCUCUUCUGUGUCACCAAAAGUUCUCGAGGCCAAUGGCUUAGCGCUCACCAGGCUCGGCGUGCUGAGCACCAGUGUAGGCAUAGGUGGAAAGAGGCUUGUGGAACUCCACAGGCCGACUGCGUACCAUAAUGACGCGCAUUUGCCGCCCAACGCCUUCAGAAGUGGGGACGUCGUUGCGAUCGUGGAUGAGGCGGCUGCCGCGGAAGGAGGAGGAGGAGCCAAGGACGGGGUCGUCGUGCGAGUCAUGGACACCAAAAUAGUGGUAGCAAUAUCGCAGCGAAGAAGCAAGGGGCAGGACGCAGAAGAAGAGCCACUUCCCACGCGAUGCCGGCUGAUCAAGGUCGCGAAUGAGGUGACUUGGGAAAGGAUGGAGAACAAUCUGCGACGACUUGCCAUUAAGGUCGACGUGCCUUCGGCCAUCCCCCUCCCGUCGCCUCCAGAUACGGUCCCGCAUCUGCCCGAUCUUCUACGCAUCCUCCUCUCCCUCUCACCUCCCGCACCUCUGCCGGCGCAACUGGAUGCGCCACCGCUGCCCCUUUACAAUCCAUCCCUCAAUGAGCCACAACGCCUCGCCCUUUCCCGCGCUCUCACAACGAAGCACCUGCACCUGAUACACGGGCCUCCAGGUACGGGAAAGACGACGCUACUGGUAGAGCUGGUGCUCCAGCUAGUCUUGGGCAGAGGAGAGCGGGUCUUGGUGGCGGGAAGCUCCAAUCUUGCUGUGGAUAAUCUGGGGGCGAGAUUGGUCGCGUUUGCAGCGGCGGCAGGUAGCAGUAGCAAGGCGUCGAGCAAGGGCAGCCCCAACUUGAAGUGCUGUCGCAUCGGUCACCCCGCCCGUAUCCUCUCCAGUCUCCAACCGCACACUCUCGACCACCUGGCAACAACUUCGUCCAACGGCGAGCUCCUGUCGGACGUCCGCUCCGAGCUCGCGGCAGCCUAUUCUUCCCUUUCCCCAGCUUCUUCUUCCUCCGCGACCACAUCCGGCGCGGCGGGAAACAAGUCCACCUCCCGUCGCGGCACGAGUAGCGUGAACAACAAGCGGCUCACGGGAAGCGAGAGGCGCAAGGUCUGGGAUGAGGUGAGGGAACUUCGCAAGGAAUUGAAGCAGCGUGAGCGUGGCUUGUUCACCGAUACGCUACAUGACGCCAAUGUCGUGCUCUCGACGCUGCAUGGUGCGGCUGGAGGUAAGAAAAAGAGUAGUCGCUUCGACACCAUCGUGAUCGAUGAGGCGUGUCAGGCUAUUGAGGCCAGUACGUGGGGAGCUGUGCUGGAUACAUUUGAAGAGGAAAAGGGGGCGAGGCUGAUCUUGGCCGGCGAUGAUAAGCAGCUGGGACCGGUGGUGAAGAGCGAGUCCGGCCGACCGAGCAGACUUCUGCCACCACGCUCCCUUACGCAAACCCUCUUUACCCGCCUCCUCAGGACUUACGGCUCAGGUGCAAGCAUCAAAUCCCUCCUGACCGUACAGUAUCGCAUGAACGAGGUGAUCAUGGAAUUUCCGAACAAAGAGAUGUACGGCGGUAAGCUUGAGGCACACGACAGCUGCAAGGAUAGGUGGGUUGGGGAUGGAGGGGUUGCUGGAGGUUGGACCGUGGAGAAGGGAGAGGGAAUCCACGUCGUCGAAGGCGAGGGGCUAGUUGGAGGACGCGUAGUGUUCUACGACACAGCGGGAGCUGAGAUGUACGAGUCAUCAAAUGAUGACAAUUCCGCCUCGACUCUCAAGAGUAGCUCCAAGUCCAAUCCCCACGAGGUCGAAAUCAUUCGUUCUCACCUUUCCCUCCUCUGCAAGACGCACAAGUUCCCACCCUCUUCAAUCACCCUCCUGGCGCCCUACUCGGCGCAAGUCAGCGCCCUCAGCACCGCUUUUCCCGCCUCCGACUGGCCCGGUAUGGAAAUCGGCACCAUCGACGCGCUACAAGGACGCGAGCAGGAUGUGGUUAUCAUUUCGCUCGUACGUAGCUCCGAGGAGCAACGAGGGGUCGAGGGCGAGGCAGAUCGCGUAGGCUUCUUGGCAGAAGAGCGCAGAUUGAAUGUAGCCAUGACCCGCGCGAGAAGACAGCUAGUCGUUGUGGGAGAUUCGGAGACUAUUCGCGCUGGUGGCAAGGGCGGGUACCUGGAGAGGUGGAUGGACUGGUUGGAGGAGAGGACCGUGCUUGAGCCAGUGUUGCCUGUCACGUAG